CUAGGUGAGGCGGGACUACGAGCACAGUCCCUUCCCUUCAUGCGACGCUGCUAACUACAUCCUUCCAUUACAACCCGUACAUCUGUUAAAAGUAAUAAUAGUAGUAUUCACAAAGCCACAGCAGCGGAGCCGGACAGAGCAGAGAUGGGUUUGCUGACGAUUCUGACGAAGAUGAAGCAAAAGGAGCGGGAGCUGAGGCUGCUGAUGCUAGGUUUGGACAACGCGGGGAAAACGACAAUCUUGAAGAAAUUUAAUGGCGAGGACGUCAGCACCAUCUCUCCAACCCUGGGCUUCAACAUCAAGACACUGGAGCACAAAGGGUUUAAAUUAAAUAUUUGGGAUGUUGGGGGUCAGAAGUCACUGCGUUCCUACUGGAGGAACUACUUUGAGAGCACCGACGGGCUGGUGUGGGUGGUGGACAGCGCAGAUAGACUCAGACUGCAGGACUGCAAAGAUGAACUCAGUGCACUGCUGCGGGAGGAGAGGUUAGCUGGUGCAACACUACUAGUAUUUGCCAACAAACAGGAUUUACCAGGAUCCCUGUCAAAAGAAGCCAUACGAGAGGCGCUGGCUCUGGACGAGUUAAAAAGUCACCAUUGGUGCAUCAUUGGUUGCAGUGCAAUAACGGGAGAGAAUUUAUUAGCUGGAAUGGACUGGCUAUUAGACGACAUUGGUGCAAGGAUUUUCACUGCCGACUGAUAAACAAAACUGCAUGGACACAACAGCAAAGCACCAUGGCUCGAGGUUGAUAAAUGGACAAUGAAGAGAAAUAUACCAGAAUAACAAAAUGUUUCAGACCACGUAACUUGUAUGUAUGAAUAAAGUUAGUGCCUCAAAUGCACUCUAAUAAAUGUAAAUGUCUUCAGUGAUGACUGUUCAGUAUAGCCCAGUGGUGCAUUUAAGAGUUGAAUCUAUAUUCAAGUUCACAAUUCAGUUUCUGCCACCUCAGAUUCCUAGAGAAAUAAAUUCUGGUGAAAAUGA